UGGCAAACUGAGCAACGGUCACACUCUUUCAAUUCCACGCGCUAGGAAGUGAAAUUCGAAUCCAGGUAAAUUCACAAGUUAAUUCAGAAGUAAAGCUUCAAUGGAGACUUCAGAGGAGGACUGGUCUGGUUUCAAUCCCAUGGCCAAAGAUUUCUACGACGAGGCGCAGAAUACAUACACCAACGAAUCGGGACAAAAUCUGAUCGAGGAAGCACCUGCUCCGCUCAAAGAUGAAAAGGAGAAACGCGCCGCCAGGCAGGCUAAAUAUCCGUAUCUGGUGGUUCCCAAGAGCAGUCCCUUUUUGACGGAAAUGAUGCUUAUCAACUUCUUUGGACGUGAUCUCAUUCACGACAUGGAAUACCGCAGGGUUUCGCGUGUCUACUUUGUCUAUUUCCCCAACAUUGGAUCCCUAGAGACUGCGCGACUGCGAGUGGAGCGAUUCCCAAACCUGAUCAGGUGCAUCACUGGUCGCCAUCAGACGGAGCACGAAAGCACUGUACCCGAGUCUCUGAAAUCGAAUGAGCCAAUGCCAAAACCAAGUCCGGCUUUUUCGCUAACUGAGCGUACUCCUGUCGAUCUGCAUGCCCGUAAUAUUGCAGUCUCAUCCGCCAGGAACAAACACCCCGAAUUCAGGCGCCCUCCGCUGGUCACCAAAGAGGACUAUACAGCCAAGGGAUCGCUUUUGGCCAGAAACGAUCCAAAUCAACGCUAUCUCAAUGUCAAGUACGAGUUCGCCCUGGAGCGCCACGGUGUCUAUAGAGUGAAGGACGAAACGAAGAUUCCCCAGGUCAUUAUGCACUUUCGAUCCGGAAGAACUGUUCCAGUUUCAACGAUUAAUGCCGGUGAGAAGAUCAAACCCGAAAACCUGCUGGAACAAGGAGUAAGCAAAUGCGUGGUGUGCCAAAACUGGACAGAUACUUUCUGUAAGCUGUGCAAGAUGCCCUUCUGCAAUGCAUCCUGUUUCGCGGAUGUGGCCGACAAGCACAAAGAGGCGUGCGGCAAGGGAGAGCUGCUCGAACUUGACGCAAAGGUGGGCCGUAAGUUUCCAAAGCCCGGACUGCCGCCGUCCGGGUCCAAGGUCAGGAUCACCGCUUUCGAGCAGACAAAUGUGGUCUAUGUCCGCUCGGCUGACAUUCAGGUGGACAUCGCCUAUUACUCCGUUCUCAAGGAGGUGAUGAUGAAAGGCAAAACCGCGUCCAAACUCCUCAACAAGCCAGUCUGUGGACAGAUCGUGCUCUACGAGUUUGAGACCAAAAUCUCGCGAGCCAUGGUGCUCAAUGUUGAUGAUCCCAAAGAAAUCUAUGUGGUCUGCAUUGAUUUUGGCAGCGUUGAAAUCACGCAGCUGGAAAAUCUCUACGACUGUAGUCCCUAUCUGGCUGCAUUGCCUUGUUAUCCCGUGGCGGUGCAACUGCGCGGAGUGCGCAGGCGCUUUCUGGGUCCCAACAUACGGGAAAUUAUGUACAAACUUGACCAGGAAUUGAUAUUUGAUAUCAAAUACUCCAAGCGCGAGUACGACUUUAGCAAGGGCUUGCAAAUCGUGGUGAUGACCCAGAUCGAUUUAAAUAUCAGCUUGAACCGUAUUUUUAAAACCAUAUUGACACCUGUGGAGCCGGGCUUAUCGGAAUUGGGUUACCAGGAGGAAUGGCUUUCACACAUUCGUUUGCCCACUGGCAAGAACAUUGAUUUGGUUGUGAUGGACAACACGUUAAUGAAGUGCGGCUUAAUUUACUGCACGCCCAGAGAUCUGGCUUACGAGAUCACCAAAAUGCAGCGGGACCUGCAGGAUUAUGGCGAAAAGAUUGCAAAGUGCCAAUCCUACGCUCCACAGAAAAAUACGAUUUGUAUCGCUAAAUACGAGGGGAAAUGGUGCCGUGGUCUUUUCUUGGAAACGGUGGGUGAUGGAUAUCCCAGCAUUUUGUUUAUCGAUUACGGAAACAUUGUGCCGACCCAUGUCAGCGACAUACGCCCGUAUCCGCCGCAGUUUACUUUCCCUAUAAUGACCACGGAGCUGGAUUUAAUUGGUUGGCCUGGCGAGCUCACCGAUGAGCAGAUCAAACGUCUCGAGCAGUUUUUGGCAGUGGGCUCCACCGUGAGCUGCAGCGAGAUCAUUUACAGCAAGGAAGACAAUAACUAUUCCGUUCGCUUUGACAAACUGCAGGAAAUUUUAAAUCUCCCAUAAUUUUUCCACAAGAAUUUAACAAAAUUUGUGAAACCAAACAGGACAUAAAUCCAUUAAUUUAUAUAUCACCUUUAUAUAUUUAAUCCUGAAGUUCAAGAUCUCUUC